AUGGCAGACCAUGGCACAUCUCGGCUUCACCCGCACACACGCGUGCACGACCGAAUUGCUCGUGGUAUCAAUGCAUGUCAGAGAUGCCGCCGACGAAAGCAAAAGCUCCCACGAAACUAUGUUGCCAACCUAGAAGCACAACUGGCACAACUGACCAGAGAAAACGCAGAACUGAAAGAGCGGGUGCGGACAACAUCUGCAACAUCAGCCGAGACCGAAUCACCGCCAACGAGUGAUCUGGCCAUAUUCGGAGUGUCGCAGUCGGAAAGCUUGACUGAAAGACAGCCGAACCAUCUUUUCAACUUGGUGCAAAGUGUCAGCGAUGUUGUCGUGGAGCCAACUGGAAGACAACCUCGAUUUCUCGGUCAAGGUGGCGGUAUCACUCUCGCUAAACUCGUCAUGGCAGCCAUUCGUGUUGAUGCACUGCCCUCGCCCUCUCAGUCACACAGCCGUCCGUAUGGAUCAUUCUCCAGCAUGAUGGCCGAGGAAGCUUCCUUGCCACCACGUCAGGCGGCUGAUCAUCUUGUUGAAACAUAUUUUCAACACCUUACACCGCACCUGCCCAUUCUCGAGCGGUCGCAUGCGACAAAUGCCAUCAACGGCGCAUAUCGUGGUAGCAGUGGCGGUUCGGAUUCUGAACAAAACGACAAAGACGUAUUCACCACAUAUAUGAUAUUUGCCAUUGCACUCUGCGGCGUUCCUGGGCCAUCAGGAAAAGGUCGGCCAGUUCAAAGUGAAGGCUGUUUCAGAUCCGCCAUAGCGAGCGUCGAGCGCGCCAUCGUAUAUGCAAAGAGCGACAUCGAGACUCUGCGGUCGAUACUCCUUCUUGCCCAGUUUGUGGCUCUUUGUCCAUCGCAGGGCAGCCUAUGGCACCUCACAGGCAUUGCCUUGCGCAUGUGCAUUGACAUAGGCCUACACUGGGAAACGGACGAGCAGCGUCUGACCAUGGAUCCCGCUGUCCUUCGUGAUCGUCGCCGUCUUUGGUACACUACCUACCAGUUCGACCGUUUUCUUAGCAUCACGCUGGGCCGCCCGUUUGGCAUAAUCGACGAGAGCAUACGGGUAGAGCUGCCAAACCCAUGGGUGACAAUUGCCACCUGCCGCCCGGUUGAUGAACUGUCGCCGGAUGACAAAUUUGGCAUUCACAGCCAACGCGCCCUGAAUCACGUCUUUAAGAUGACCCAUCUCGAGUCCGAAAUCAUGCACGUGCAGCACUCUCAAUCGUGGUCAGUGAAGAUUGCCUACCCGCGCGCCAACUACGCGGUCUGGUUGCAAGACAUAGGGCCUCGCUUGCAAGAGUGGUACACAACGAUACCCGAAAUUAACAAGGCUCACCCACUAUCCAUUUUCGCUUGCCAAGCGUACUGGGACACCGUCUACAACAAUGCCCUUCUCCUCCUGCACCGACCGAAUUCUAUGGUGUCUCAAGUUUCUGCGGAGAGUUUGGCGAUCUCUUUUGACGCAAGCUGCAAGAUGAUCAACAGUAUAAAAGUGCUGCAGCGAGAUGGGCGCGUCGACGUGCUAUGGCGUGCUGUCCAUCAACUGUUCAUGGCCGGCCUGAGCGUCAUCUACUGUCUCUGGCACUCAAAAGAUAUCCGCGACAGCCUUUCGACAGGCAGCUGCAUCCAAACGCUUCAGUCGUGUGCAUCAACACUCUUCGCAAUGUCCGAGACAUUGCAUGGCGCUGCCGGGUGUCGCGAUGUUUUUGACACACUCUCGUCAGCAACAAUCAAUUGGCUGAUUACCUACGAUGCCGAAAAGGUGCAGCAGAGCCGCCGGGAGUUUGAGCAACAACUAAACGACUUGCUCCAGAACGUGCAGCCCUCCAAGCGGGUUAUGCCGUCCGUGGAAGACGGUGUGGGUGGAGGUACCGCCUUGUCAGCCAUGACUGACUGCUUUGCGUUCAGUGAGCUUUUAAGUUCGGCCGCACAGUGGCCGGAGCUCCAGGGGAUGGUUCUGGGUAUGGACAUUGAGUAUCACGACCUGGCAUGA